AUGGCGGCCAUCAACUCCGCCAUGGACAUGAACGCCCAAACCAACGGCAAGAAGUACGGCUUUGACGACCAAAGCCCAGCUGUCAUGGAUUCCUCAUCUGACAACGAAGUUGGUGAAAUCCGUCCGACCGCUAUGACGGACUAUGAGAAGCAAAAGAUCGCGGAAGGUCAGGCCAAGUUCCAUCAGCUCGGUUGGAAACGCCUCACCAUUGUGCUGAUUGUUACUGCCGUCGCCCUCGGCAGUCUCAGUCUCCCCGGGGCCUUCGCCACUUUGGGCAUGGUCGCUGGUGUCAUUCUCACUGUUGGCAUUGGUCUUUGCGCGCUGUAUUCUAGCUAUGUGAUCGGCCAAGUCAAGCUCAAGUACCCUCACAUCUCUCAUUACGCAGACGCGGGCCGCAUGAUGUUUGGCAAGGUUGGCUACGAGGUUGUCGGCGCAAUGUUCGUCUUGCAGCUCAUUUUCACGACUGGCUCUCACGUCCUGACGGGAGCGAUCAUGUUCGACAACCUGUCAGAUAACGGUGCGUGUACCAUUGCCUUCACUGUCGUCUCUGCCAUCAUCCUGUUCUUGGUGGCUCUCCCACCGAGUUUCUCGGAGAUGGCCAUCCUCGGUUACAUCGACUUCGCGUCCAUUAUUGCGGCCAUCUUAAUAACUAUCAUCGCUACCGGCAUCCGUGCGAGCGACGCCCCUGGCGGCCUUGCUGAAGUGAACUGGUCCGCAUGGCCCAAGCCAGAUUUGACAUUGGCCGAGGCUUUCAUCGCCAUCACCAACAUCGUUUUCGCCUACAGUUUUGCGCUCUGCCAGUUUAGUUUCAUGGACGAGAUGCACACGCCGCGCGACUUUAGCAAAGCUGUUAUUGCUCUGGGUGUUUUUGAAAUCGCCCUGUACACCCUCGUUGGUGCGUUAGUCUACCGCUUUGUCGGUGCCGAUGUCCGUUCGCCUGCCCUUCUGUCGGCUGGUCCUACGGUUUCUAAAGUUGCCUUUGGCAUCGCCAUUCCCGUAAUUUUCAUUUCGGGCAGUAUCAAUACUGUGGUGGUUGCCCGUUAUCUUCACGAGCGCAUGUUCAAAAACUCUGUCAUUCGCUACAUCAACACACCCAUGGGUUGGGCUACCUGGGUCGGCCUGGACGCCAUCAUCACUAUCAUCGCUUGGGUCAUCGCCAGCGCUAUCCCUUUCUUCUCGGAUCUGUUGGCUAUUUGCUCGGCUCUUUUCAUCUCUGGUUUCACGUUCUAUUUUCCUUCCAUCAUGUGGUUCAUGUUUGUCAAGGAAGGGAGUUGGUUCUCAUUAAAGAACAUGGCUCUUAGCAGCGCCAAUCUGGUGAACCUCAUUGUUGGACUUGUAGUGCUUGGUGUCGGUACCUACGCUAGUGUCUGGGAUAUUGACCACCGGUAUGAUCUGGGCAUCGUUCCGGAUCCGUUCAGCUGCGCGCCUCUUGGUUAA